UCGUCUCUCCCUCCAACAUGCUUGUUCUGUACUCGCUCUCUUCUCUCCCAUGUCUCACUGGAUCUGAUGCUGCUCUCUCCUUCCGGUGAUCGCCGUGGAAACCAGCAGGAUAGGCUUAAAAUAUAAACAGAAGAUAACUGCCAGAGCCAGGAUCUUCUAUCCGGAAUAAUAGACGUUAAUUGGAAGAGCUUACAAGGAGGAAGCAGGACAAAAGAAAUGGAGAUUGAAGAUGUUCCAAUGGAUGAAAAAGCUAAGAGGAUGAGGGAUCUGCUUUCUAGCUUCUACUCCCCUGAUGCCUCAAUGUCUGGCUCAUCCACCGGUUCGUCUAAUAGAUAUGCUUCUCCUUUAGAAACCAUCAACACCACCUCAUUUAAUCCCGAUCAAUAUAUGAGCAUUCUGGUGCAAAAGGCGAAUUUGGAGGGGCUUCUCCAAAGACAUGUUGAAAUGGCUGCCGAAAUAAAGAAUCUUGACACUGAUCUUCAAAUGUUGGUUUAUGAAAAUUACAAUAAAUUCAUCAGUGCAACUGAUACAAUUAAAAGGAUGAAUAAUAAUAUCGUGGGUAUGGAGACAAACAUGGAACAACUCCUUGAGAAAAUACUGUCCGUGCAGUCUAGAAGUGAUGGAGUCAAUACUUCUCUCUUUGAAAAAAGAGAGCACAUUGAGAAAUUGCAUAGAACGCGGAACCUUCUCCGUAAAGUUCAGUUCAUAUAUGAUCUACCUGCUAGACUUGGAAAGUGCAUCAAAAUAGAAGCCUAUGCUGAUGCAGUUAGAUUCUAUACCGGAGCCAUGCCAAUAUUUAAGGCAUAUGGAGACUCAUCAUUCCAAGAUUGCAAGCGAGCGUCAGAAGAAGCAAUAUCAAUAGUUUUGAAAAAAUUGCAGGAAAAGCUAUUCUCAGAUUCAGAAUCCAUACAGACGAGAGCGGAAGCUGCUGUGCUUCUUAAGCAGCUAGAUUUCCCGGUGGACAGUUUAAAGGCAAAGUUGCUUGAAAAGUUGGAACAAUCGACAUUGGAUCUUCAGCUUAAUGCUGAUGAUUUGAGUAGUGGGUUGUUAAUUGCCUCACCAAAAGAGAGAAAUGAUUCUGAGUCAGCUUAUGGUGCUUCGCAUGAGGCAUCUGUUCGGGAGUUUGCAGAGGCAGUCCGAGCUUAUCGUGUAAUAUUUGCAGAUUCAGAUAUGCAACUGAUAAAACUUGCUCAGGAUUUGGUUACCAAGCAUUUUGAUGCUGCUGAGCAAUUUAUCAAGAAACAGAUUUUUGCAGCAGAUCUUCUCCGUGUGUUUGGGAUUAUAUGGACAGAUGUGCUUUUACUUGGAGAAGUAUUGAAUGACGCAUGUCUUCAUGAUUAUUCCUUGAAGGCUGCCCAGGUUGCUGUCAAACAGUACGUCACAUGUACAUUCUCUCGUCUCCUGCAAAACAUCUCAGAUGCACUCACACGAGUUCAUACUAGGAAAAAGGAGGACGUUCAAGAGUACUCCUUGCAGCUGGCACUGGAGGCCGGCAAGAAGGCAGUGCUGCAGGGCAGCAUGGAUGUUUUGCUAGACUUCCGCCUGCUUCUUGAAAAUCAAUCGGGCCUAAUCAUUAACCAGAGGGACUCAAUUGUUGAUUGGGUUCAAGAAGGAUUUCAGGACUUCUUCAGGGCACUUGUUGAUCGUUUCAUGGUGCUAUCAGGAAAAAAUAAUUCUUAUAGUCAAAGUCAAGUUUUGACUGAGGCAACCCAAGCGGAUAAAGUUGUUGCUGGGCUUGUGUUGGUGCUUGCUCAAAUUUCAAUAUUUAUCGAACAAACUGCCAUCCAUAGAAUCACGGAGGAAAUAGCGGCUUCUUUUUCUGGUGGUGGCGUUCGAGGUUAUGAAUACGGUCCCGCCUUUGUGCCAGCAGAAAUUUGCCGAAUGUUUAGAGCUGCUGGUGAAAAGUUUCUACACCUUUAUAUAAACAUGAGAAGCCAGAGGAUAUCAGUUCUUUUAACAAAGAGGUUUAGAACGCCAAAUUGGGUUAAGCACAAGGAGCCCAGAGAAGUUCACAUGUUUGUCGAUUUAUUCCUUCAAGAAUUGGAGGCAGUGGGAAGUGAAGUUAGACAGAUUUUACUACAAGGAACUCGUAAGCAUCGUCGGACUAACAGCAAUGGAAGCACCACUUCAUCACGGAGCGGUCCGCUCCGAGAGGAAAAGUUGAAUAAAACAAAUGCACAAAGGGCUCGGAGCCAGCUGUUGGAAUCCCAUCUAGCAAAGUUAUUUAAGCAAAAGAUAGAGAUUUUUACUAGAGUCGAGUUUACUCAGGGAUCUGUUGUAACAACUGCAGUGAAACUUUCCCUUAAAACUUUGCAAGAAUUCGUCCGACUCCAGACUUAUAACCGAAGCGGGUUCCAGCAAAUUCAGUUGGAUAUGCAGUUCCUGAGGACUCCUCUGAAGGAAAUUGCAGAUGAUGAAGCAGCUAUUGACUUUUUGCUUGAUGAGGUGAUAGUCGCAGCGUCCGAGCGUUGUCUCGACCCCAUUCCUUUGGAGCCUCCCAUCUUAGACAAACUCAUACAAGCAAAACUGGCAAAGGCAAGAGAUCAGAAUUCAAUAUCACCAUGAACGUUCAUACCAAAAUGGAGAAGUUGGUCUUGUUAAUAGACUGCAUCAUCAUCGCCAACUGAUAUUUCCAUAGACUUGAAAAUGGAAAAUUCUUAACUGUGCUUCGUUCUCGAUUUUCGAGCCACCGAUUCAUUCUUGUAAGUAGGUAAAUGGUUGUUUUUGGUGAAUACACAUUUAGAAUGUGGUGUUCUCACCAUGGCUGCCAUGCUUGCACUGGCAUUAUGAGCAGCAGAUGAUCACAAAUUUCACUAGCAUAGCAUAGCAGGAAUGUCAAAUUUGAUUUGCUCCAUUGUGGGGGGCUGAGGUUUUCGUAUAGUAGGCUUAAAAUGAUGUUCUCUGCUGUUGCAUUGCAUCCAUCUUGUUUGAACCUGGAUGCACCCCUUUAUUAUUUUGAUACACAAUGAAUUUUCUGUUGAGAAUUA